AUGAAAGAAGACGUCAAGUUCCAGUUUAUCUGCUUCGGCUUCGGCCAAGCUAUAAUGAUGCUCAAUGUGGCGUCGGGUAUAUUAUCCAAGUAUUUGACACUUGAGAAUGCCAGUCUACCAACACUACAGAGCACAUGUCUGUAUGUGGUGCUCGGAGCGGUGUAUAUCACUGUCCGCUACGUGCGCAAGACGCCACUUCUCGGUUUACCCUGGUGGUUUUACCUUAUUUUGGCUUUUGUUGACGUAGAAGGCAACUAUUUUGCUGUCAAAGCCUUUAAUUAUGCCAAUUACGCCACACUCAGUCUCAUAUUGAACAUGACAGUGCCUUUCGUGUCGCUCUUUUGCUACCUAUUCCUCAAGACGCGCUACUCGACUCGCCAUUACCUUGGCGCAACAAUUGCAUUAAGUGGAUCGAUUGUAAUUUUUGUGACUGAUUAUACAUCGUCUGCUAAUGGUACUAGCAGUCGUGAGAUACGUGGCGAUAUGUACGCACUCAUCGCUGCUGCGUUCUAUGCCACGUCAAAUGUUAUGAUUCAAGCUGUGGUCAAGACGCGCAAUGUGAGUUCAAACAUUGAAGUUUUAGGGUUUUUAGGCUUUUGGGCAUCGAUCGUGUCGAUAAUUCAAGUCUUGAUUCUUGAACUUGACUCCAUACAAAGUGUGGUCUUUACUGGUCGUGUUUAUGGUUAUAUGACGGGCUACGUGGGCGUACUUUUCGUCUUUUAUACUGUCAGCUCAGUCUUUCUUCGCUGGGCUGAGUCACUUAUGUUCAACCUCAGUUUACUCACUGGUCCAAUCUUCACCGUUGCCAUCUCGUACCUCAUAUUUGAUGAGAGCGUUAACAAGUGGUAUUGGCUGGCUCUGACAUUGGUGUACAUUGGCCUAAUUUGUUACAGCACAGCCCCUGCGCCAAAGGAGAUCCCAAAUUCUUCUGAUAAAAAGAGCUCGACUGGCGACUACGGCGAGCAAAGUACUCCAGACACCACAUGCUUUGCUUAA